CAGGAACAGUUUUGGAACUGCGCCGACAUUUACAUUAGCGACACGUGCGACCCGUCCAAGAACCCGAACGUGACGCCCGUGCCCACGGACCGCCCGUCGCCCAACGAUGGCGGGUCGAGCUCUGGCUGGGACGACGAACCCACGGACGCGCCCAAGCCAACGGCCAAGCCGACGCACGCACCGACAACCAAGCCCACGACCAAGCCGUCUCACAAGCCCACGACCAAGCCUUCCGAGAAGCCCACGAAGAAGCCAUCGGGCAAGCCGACCAAGGCGCCGGCCGAGCCGACGGUCAAGCCCAUUGAUGUGACGGACGCCAAGAAGGCUUGGGAGCAGUGCGGCGGGAAGGACUACACGGGCAACACCGAAUGUGUCUCUGGCACGAUCUGCUCCACGCAGGACGAGUGGUACUCGCAGUGCAUCCCUAAACGUCUGCGCUAA